GGGAAAAGCGAGGGAGCGGUUGCGAUUGUUUACAUUUCGUUGAUCGAGCGAGGGCAGGACGAAGUUCAGGUUGACAGGUUCAAGGAGCGAUACAGUCAUCAAGUAACACCAUUCCUCCUGCCUCGACACAACGAUACGUGACCAAGCGAAAGCUAGCUAUGGACCUCUAUAUCCCCUUCCCUGACCUGACCCCAUCGACGAUCAUGUCGUUCUCGGCAGCGACCGGGCUGCCUCAACGAUCAGCUCGAUUGCGUCGAGAUCCGCCGGGAACGUCGACCGACGACCCUUUCGCCCGUUCUGGCGCACAUGACCACAUCGAGGGAACUUAUACCAGCAUGCAAGCAGGACCUAGCGGUACUGAGGAGCUUAUGGAAGAGGUCGAGGACGUCUUCCCCAGCGACCUGGUGGGAUACAGGUUCAGAAGACCGGAAGACCCGGGUAGAAGGAUGAGGACCGCCCUGGAGGGAAUCGUCGAAGAUCUGAGCGACCAAGAAGAACGAGUAUAUCGAGCGGAGACCAAUUUGCGAGGCACGGGAGAAGACGUGUUGGUCCCCAUCGGCCGUAACAACACUGCCCACGAUGCCGCGCAGCAGGCGAGGUCCGAAACGCCUUCCGAUCUGGGAGACCGAGAUCAGCUGCAAGAAGAUCAUCAGGCGGUAAACGGACAAGACAUCAAUAUGCAGCAGGAAGAUGCAUCGGGAGAUCAGUCGAUGGAAGCUGUCGAGGAUCUAGAUGCUGAGGUGGAGGAUCUAGAUAACAGUGGACGGACCGACGCCAGCCUGGAUUGAGAGCUACAGCAAUGGCUUGUAUGCGGAUGGAGCACGACCUUUGAUGACAGCUACGAUAUAGACAUACCCCGUUCUCGCCUGGAUAUGUUCCGGUUUUUUGAUAAUGGGAAAUCACCGGCAGAGCCCAGAACGCAUACACUGGUCGGACAGCUGGCAACCAGACAGUCAAGUCGGUCCUGCACUGAUCGCUUGUCUGGGAAGCAUCGCGACGUUGAACAUGCAGUGAAAGAUCGUGCUUGCCGGGCCGAGGAGACCUAUUACGGGCAGGCAAAAGAUGGGUAGAGACCACUUGCUGUAGCUAAGAAAAGGACAUUUCGAGACGGGAGUCAUGACAAGC